GAAACAGACGAUGGAACAAGCCAGGCUGAUUCAGCAGCUGGAGGAAGAGCAGGAGGCGGAUGGAGAGGAGGAUGAUGAUGAGGACGAUGAAGAUGGAGAACAGGACAAUGUCUGGAGGAGGAGGACAGCGUCUCCCAAGGGGAGUCCAGAGGAGGUGCUGCGAAAGAGAGUGGUGGGCAUCCGUGAGGACCAGGAUGAGGAGGACUCCUAGAGGCCUGGAGGGGAACUGAAGAUGCCCCUUUACACAGCGAGGAAGGGGAGGGGUCCUGGUUUGUAUAAAGUACUCCUACUACUCUGAGGUGCUUUAUGAAUAUGGGACCUGGUCCUGAGCAGCAGUAGAAUUUACAGCAGACAGCUUACAGAGCCCUAGCAACGCGCGCUGGCAAGGCCCCGGCGACGCCUGGCUUCCUGUCUUCUCCCUCUGCUUCACAGGAAGUGCCCCGAGUUCUGACCGCUCUGCUCUCACCACCAGCACCCUCUCCUGGAUUGGAGGUGCUACCGCUAUUGUACACUCCCAACACCAUUAUCAUGUUCAUUAGGUAUCAGGAGGAAGGAAACCGACUGGAGCAGGAAGGGUUUAUCCACAUCCAAUACAGAAUGCUCCUUUUUCCUCUUCCGUUGUAAUGUUUUCCAUCUUGUUCCCUGAUGAACACAAACCUGUUCAUCCUUUUUCUUUUGAAACGGAUCAAUUGGGUUUCAAGGAAGAUUCCACCCCAAAAUCUUCUGCCAUUUGUUUUAUUAGUGCAUCGUUGACAUAGUCCCAAAAUAUAUUUCACUUUCAAAAUACAGAAAUCCUCCCCGUAUGAUGCAUUUUGCCUCAUAUGAUGCUGCGUCUUGCAUCAUACGGGGAUGAUUUCUGUAUUUUGAAAGUUGCAUAUCUUGACAACUUGAUUGCUGACAAGCAAAACAUUUUGGGACUAUGUCAACAAUGGACUAAUAAAUCAAAUGCCAACAUUUCGUUUUUGGGUGGAGUUUUCCUGAAGGUGUGGAGUGCAGUAGAACAGGAUGUUUUUACCACUGUGUUUUAUGCUUUUUGUUUUUGUUUUUAUUGUAUUCUACAUUAAUCCCUAUUUAGCAAAUUGUAUACAGCUUUUGAGCGUCCUUUCAUUGUACACUGAGUGUCCAAACAUUAGGAACACCUUCCUAAUAUUGAGUUGCACCCCAUUUUGCCCUCAGAACAGCCUCAAUUCGUCAGG